ACGCGUGGAAGCGCGACCGUCUUGCGGGCGUCUGGGCGCUCUCCGGGUUGAAUGACCGGCUGGACAGAGGCGGCGGCUCCGGGAGCUUCUCUUUACUCGUCGCUCUCUGGGAGAGAAUCCGAUCUAGCGGGGGGAGAGGAGGAUGAGGACGAGCGUGGCUCUCGCCAGCUAUGGAACCAAGCCAGCCCUUGGCGGUGAUCCUUAAACCAGUACAAUGCAGGAAUCGAGCUGCUUCCCUCUCCACCGUCCUGACCCAGUGGGGUUUGGGUGAGAUCCAAAGGGAGAAGAGCCGCGACAGUCUCGCCAGAUUUCUCAAAUCCAGCCUCAAGCUGAAAUGAAUGUCUUGCAGACUGAAGGAAGCUGAGUGCACUGUCACCACUAACACUGCAUUGAAAGGAAGAACUAAUCCAGCCAUCAUCCUGUCUCCUGUCAACAUUUGAUACCUUACGUUGCCUGUUGGCCACCUGUACAGGACACAGUUACCUUUUCAUUCAGCAUACAUGGAGAGGGACAACGAAGUGUGCAAGCCUGGCUAAUAAGACAACAACUUUCCUAGCCAGAGUGGGAGGCAGUCCAAUUAUAAAAGGAUUAGUUUGCAUUUAGCCUCCAGGACUUUACCUCUCGCCUGUGCGCCGGACACAAAUACAACAUCUAUUUUCAUUUUAUUUCUUUUUUUGCUAGCAUUUUUCCUCCCUGGUAUUUGUUUCUUCAGUUAGAAAUGGGCCCGUGGACUAGAAUGUGGCCCAUGGACAGGGUUGUUUUCUUUAAAUCAUGGCUUGUGUUUUCCCUGGGGCUCUACAUGCAGUUCUCCAAAGCUUUGGCCUGUCCAAGUGUGUGCCGCUGUGACCGAAACUUUGUCUAUUGUAACGAACGAAGCUUGACCUCAGUGCCUCUUGGAAUACCGGAGGGUGUAACCGUACUCUACCUCCACAAUAACCAAAUUAAUAAUGCUGGGUUUCCUGCAGAGCUGCACAAUGUCCAGUCUGUGCACACAGUCUACCUGUAUGGCAACCAGCUGGAUGAGUUCCCCAUGAAUCUGCCCAAGAAUGUCAGGGUUCUCCACCUGCAGGAAAACAAUAUCCAGACCAUUUCUCGAGCUGCUCUGGCACAGCUCUUGAAACUGGAAGAGUUGCACUUGGACGACAACUCUAUCUCUACCGUAGGGGUUGAGGAUGGAGCAUUCCGGGAAGCUGUUAGCCUCAAGCUUUUAUUCUUGUCCAAGAAUCACUUAAGCAGUGUACCAGUUGGCCUUCCAGUGGACUUACAAGAACUACGAGUUGAUGAAAACCGAAUUGCCAUCAUAUCAGACAUGGCCUUCCAGAAUCUCACAAGCUUGGAACGUCUCAUAGUGGAUGGCAACCUCCUUACUAAUAAAGGCAUCGCAAAUGGCACCUUCAGCCACCUCUCCAAACUCAAGGAAUUCUCUAUAGUACGGAAUUCACUAACAUACCCUCCCCCUGAUCUUCCAGGUACAAACCUACUUAGGCUUUAUCUACAGGACAACCAGAUAUCACACAUACCACUUUCAGCCUUUUCCAACCUCCACGAGCUGGAGCGACUUGAUAUUUCCAACAAUCAGCUUCGGAUGCUGUCCAAAGGUGUCUUUGACAACCUACACAACCUGAAGCAACUCACAGCAAGGAAUAAUCCCUGGCUGUGUGAUUGUAGUAUUAAGUGGGUCACUGAAUGGCUCAAGUCAAUUCCUUCCUCCAUCAAUGUUCGAGGUUUCAUGUGUCAGGGACCAGAACCCGUCCGAGGUAUGGCUGUCAGGGAACUCAACAUGAAUAUAUUGUCAUGCCCCACAACCACCCCUGAUCUGUCAUUUGUUACCCCAACUCCCACAACAUCAGUGCCAACCACAUUGAUCCCUACUUCAUCAUACUUUACCCCAGAUAACAGAUCCACUCAUCCUACCCCCACUGCAGCCACACUCCCCACUGUGCCUGAGAGGAACGAUGGAGAAAAAGCGACCCCUCCCUUUUUCGAACGGUUUCAGCUGUUUAUCCACAUUGUGAAUGACACUUGCAUCCAAGUCAGCUGGCAUUCCCCCUUUAAUGUGAUGGCAUACAAACUUACCUGGGUUAAAAUGGGUCACAGUCUGGAAGGAGGCAUUAUUCAGGAACGGAUAGUUAGUGACAAGAAGCAAAACAUCAGCUUGACCAGCUUAGCACCCAAAUCGACGUACCGGAUUUGCUUGGUGCCCUUGGAUGAUUUUAAUAACUACCGAGUUGGUGAGGACACUGUCUGUUCUGAAGGCACCACCAAGGCUUCCUUAAUAAGUAACACAGCUUCCAGCCAUGAGCAGACCACGUCUCAUAACAUUGACUCCCCGUUUCUGUUGGCAAGCCUGAUCGGGGGGGCAGUGGUAUUUGUGCUGGUGGUUCUGCUGAGCGUCUUCUGCUGGCACAUGCACAAAAAGGGGCGCUACACUUCACAGAAGUGGAAAUACAACCGGGGCCGACGGAAAGAUGACUACUGCGAGGCGGGGACCAAGAAGGACAACUCCAUCCUGGAGAUGACAGAAACCAGCUUUCAGAUCGUCUCCUUAAAUAAUGAUCAGCUCCUUAAAGGAGAUUUCAGACUGCAGCCCAUUUAUACCCCAAAUGGGGGUGUUAACUACACAGACUGCCACAUCCCCAACAAUAUGCGGUAUUGCAACAGCAGUGUCUCAGACCUAGAACAUUGUCAUACGUGAUAGUGAAGGGCUGUGGCAAGACACCUACAACCAGGAGCAAAAACUCAGAGGGCAGAAGCAAACUAAACCUUCACACACACACACACACACACACAAACAAAAUAAAACAAAAUUACAUUUGAUAAAUGUUACACAGAUGCGUUUGUGCAUUUGAAUACUCUGUAAUUUAUAUGGUGUACUAUAUAAUGGGAUUUAAAAAAAAGUGCUAUCUUUUCUAUUUCAAGUUAAUUGCAAACGGUUUUGUAACUUUUUGCUUUUUAAAUCUUUAAAAAAAAUAUAUUGCUGAAGUACUGUACAGGGUCAUACAAUAAGAACCCAAUGCCAUGGCAAAGGAAAGAACGCCACAUUCUUCAAACAUGAACCAUUUUGAUUUUGGAGCUCUUUUGGGGGAUACUGGCUCAUACAUCUUCCACUAGUUUACAGCUUAUCCACUAGAUAAGUUUGUGUUAAAAAAGGAAUCACUAGAAAUGCCUAAGCCAGAGCAAAAGGCAGGAGGGAUACAAAUUUGCCACCUCUGUGGUUUGUAAAAUUGGAGUAACUCAUGUUAAAACUUCAUUGGUCACUUCUACCUAUCUUGGGAUUUCUUGGUUCCAUUUGAAAGGAAACAUUAGGUCCUUCCUUCUGUUAAACACUAUGAAUUUCCACCACAUAUUAACAUUGUUCAAGAUACUUCUCACACAUUUAUGUUUCCUCAAAAAAAGUGGGAUGGAAAUAUCCAAGGCAAAAUACUCAUUUACUUUUAUAUUUGCAUCAAAAUCAGGUCAUUUAAGAAUAUUUCUGACCAGAUUUCUCAGAAUUCUUCGUCUACAUGCAGUUCUUUUUCCCCCUGAAGCGUAUUUAGUUUAAUCUAGUAUUUCCCAGCUGGGUGCACUCCAGAUGUGCUAAACUACAACUCCCAUUAUCCCCAGCAAGCCUAACUACAUUUACCCAUAAAGGUAAUGAAUGUCACUCAUUCCACAAACAAUCCAAACAGAUCUGAUACAUUGGCUGGAGUAGAAAGCAAUAUCUACACACUAACCACUGAAAAGUAGAAUAAAAAAAUACGCCAAAGUCAAUGAAAAUAUUCCCUUUGCUAUUUCUCAGUUUCAUAUCUAUCCAUGGCUAUGUUAGUCACGCCUAUGUUAGUCACACCUUCUCCAUGAGAGAGAAAGUGAACCCUGUGGGCAUUAAAGUAAAUAAACCCCUGUAUAAAGUGUUCUGAAGUUUUCUGGGGAGAUAAAUCCAUCAUGUCUAAAAUAAGUUUUAGUUGCGCAGAAGAUGAUAUGUGUCAAGAAAAAGAAUAUCUGGUUCAAAAAAAUUAAUAGGAUCUGUGGGGCUUGUUUUACCAUAAGUCCAUUCUGCAUCUUUUGACAGUCUCACUUACCUUUGUAGAACAAAAUACUUGUGUUUGGUGUUUGAAGGACACAAGAAUGCUCCUGAUUUUGUCUUGAUUUCUUCCAGCAUUCAUUUGAGAAUUUUGUUUAACUUUGUACCUUUGCAAGUGACACAUGGGGAAUGUAUGCUGUACAGCCUAUAUUAAAAUGAAGAAAUGCCACCAACACCUUCUCCUUAAUUAUAGAAGAGCUUGUAUAGGAGCAGCUCUGGUGUGGUGUACCAGCUGUCUAUGGAAAAACCUGGUGCAGCUCUUAAUGUUAUGCAAGGGUCUAUUAUUGGUAGUCUGAUGGACAUUUCCACCCAGCAUGUAGACUCUGCACAUGGUUGGGGGGAAGAAACACCCCUUGAGUUCAUGUGUGCAGGUUCUGUCACCACAUUUAGAAUAUCACAUGGUAUUUUACGUCUGCUGGGGAGGGAGGGCUUCCAUGUCCACCAUGAGGGAAACAUACAUCCCAGGAUAUAAUGUGACCCUCAGCUAAAAAUUUCUGCUUGCUUCAAGCCUUGCAUCCCCUCCCCCUCUUUUUCUUUUCUAAUUCAACUCACUUAUCCCCACCCACUCCAAUGCUCAAAACACAUCCAUGUGAUCUCUAAACUCAUGGGAAUGGAGCAUUCAAUGAUAAGUCAGCAAACAAAUUCACAUUUCUUUUUUUUAAAACAACAACAACAACACCAAACCCCUCACAAAUAUUAAUCACUUUCUUUGACGUAUCUUGAUUGGGGGAGUGGCUAAAAAAACCCUCUCCUGGUAUGGAAAAGAGCCCAGAGACAUUGUUGUCUCAAUCAAAUGGCCUUUAAGUAAAGGCUAUCUAACAUCACUUUUGAGAAGGAUUACUUAAGGUGUUGAGCUGAGGAAGGGGGUGCUUCUUCGUUUACUCAAUCUCUUAGAAAACUUGAUCCAUGCACACAGCUUCUUCAACAACUUGACAACAUUCAUCCUCCACCAUGAGGAGAUGGAUAAGCACUUUGGUGUAUGAUGGCAGAGUACAAUCAUUUCCUAAGGAAUUACAUCCCUUCCCCCCCACCCCACCCAACGCCUUUUAUAACCACAUUUUGGAUUUCCAUUCUAUAUUCUGUAUAUUUGCUAUUUUCUCCAGCUAUAACAGGUAUUUUAGGCAACCUGUGUGGCUACUGUAAUAGUGAAGUCACUGAACCUUUGCUAAAUAAAAGGCUGCCGUAUGGUUUGAACUGGUGUAAUUUUA